AUGGAGCCAAGAAGGAGCGAGAGGAUCAAAGUAUCCAAGGAGGAUGGCUUCGGCGUGCUGCUCGGUGCUCUGAUCCGCGAGGUUCCCGACCUGUUCGAUGCGGAGGUCCUGUCGAAGCUCGACGUUGAAGACCACCUCCGACUCGCGCAGGUGAACAAAGAGUGCUUGGACGCCGUGUACAAGUUGUCUCCCGUCGAGUUCAUGAGCACGUGCCCCAUAUCGCGUCCAUAUCCGAAAGAUUCGUGUCCGUAUGACCAUAAUCUGUGGCUUUACGAUUCAUAUAUUGAGACAGGACACUUAGUACCAACGUGGCUGGGCAUCCCGCCGACGACCAGUGGACAUGAAGUGCAAGGAGAUACACGUGCUUUCUUGAACAGGCAACACCAAGCCGCAGCGAUGGGCCGUCUGGAUGUAUUGAAAUGGCUCUGGAACCACGGACACAAGUGUGUUCACUACGAGACAGCAUACUGGGCUGUGAAGUAUGGACACAUGCACGUGCUCGAAUGGUUCUUUGAGCUUCCGAUUGAACGUCAACUCAGAAAGGAUGACGAGGACACGUUAGAUCCGAAUUGUUUGUUUGGUGACCCAGAGAUUCUCUGCAUGGGUGCUGCGCAAGUAGGCAACUAUGAAGUGCUGAAGUUUUUGAGGGAGAAAGGAUGCCCGUGGGGUAAGAGGACGAGUACCGAGGCAUGUAGGUAUGGACGAUUGGAAGUCAUGAAGUGGUUGCAAAAAGAAGGAUGCCUGUGCGAUUUGGACGGGUUCUUGAGUGUCUGCGGCGGCCACUUGGACGUCCUCAAGUGGAUUCGAGAAACUUACCCUGGGUGCGCAUUCGAUGCACGCGCAUCCCAAUGGUCUUCUAUACAUAACCGGCUGGACUGUCUGAUGUGGUUGAGAGAGCACGGGUGCCCGUGGGAAGCUAGUGUGAUGAAUCACGCCGCCGGCGGUAAAGGAAAUUUGGAAAUACUCAAGUGGGCGCAUGAGAACGGGUGCCCGUGGAAUGUCUCCACAGCCAACUGCGCUGCAAUUUCUGGUAACCUUGAAAUAAUUAGGUAUCUCCACGAGAAUGGAUGCCCGUUCAGCGAAGACGCAUGCCGUCACGCCGUCGAAGGGGAACAUUGGCACUGCCUCGAUUACCUGGUGAACAACGAGCUCCCGGGCUGGGAGGAGUACAACUACUAG